AUGGUUCAGCAGCUUAGCUUAUUUGAUUGUAUUGAUGAUAACUCUUACGAUCUUCUCAUUUCCACUAUAACGACGCUAUCUGGUAAUGCUCCAGUAUUAUUCGCAAGAAUUUCUACGGUUUGGAAACCUAAUGAUUCCUUUGAAAUCGAUAGAGUGAACUCCAAGAACCAAUUGGUGGAACCUACAAGGAUUAAAUUGACUAAAAGUAUACCCUUAAGCCUUUUAGGUGGUCAUCAUUCUUUAUCAUAUACACUACCAAAAAUUUUAGCACAGGACAAAUUGCCAGUUGAUUCCAAUUUUGUGAAUUCACUGUUACAUGAGAGUAACGAUCAAUCAGAUAAUUCUAAUUCAUGGGCUUUAAACGUGUCAGAUAUUCCUGCAGCUGGUAGUAGAAAAGUGUCGUUACAAUCAAUUUCAGAAUCAGUCAUACUAUCCACUGGCGGUAAAGAUUGUUCGAUAACAACGUUUAUGAAUGAGUUAGGGUACAUAUCUGAAUACCAAUACGCUACAAUUGGCGUUAAAUUUUAUCUAAGGCAUGAAUUGACUAUAGAAUUACAAAAGAUAUGGGAUCUAACUCGUGGAGCUAAUGAACAGAUGACCAAUGGUGGAUUCUUAACAAAGGCGUACGUUAAUGUGGAUAAAGCUACUGAUAUCGAACGUAUUAGCCAAGCUGAAACCGCCUUAUUGGCAUUGCAAAGAGAAUUACAAGGUUAUGUAGAUCUGACAAUGCCUGAUAGAAAGGCCAUGGAUUCUAGGAUGAAUUAUAUAUGA